AAGCGUCUCAGUUAGCUAACAUAGCUACGUGCUCUACCUUAGCAACUAUAUGGAGGCGACUAAUACUGAGAACCCUCAGGAACCUCACCUGAGGCACGUGGAGACUGAUGUGCUGAUUCCCAAAAUGAUGAGAGAGAAGGCUAAAGAGAGAUGUUCAAAACAGGUUGAAGCAUUCACCCAGUGUUGCAAGGAGACUGGUUUCUUCAUGGUGUUUAGGUGCCAGGAUGAGAAUGCUGCACUGAAGGAGUGCCUGACUGCCCACUACCAAGACCCAACCUUCUAUGAAGAGUGCAAACAGGAGUACAUUAAGGAGAAACAGGAGUAUGAAAAAACCGGGAUCCCCAUGAAAAACCGGAAACAGAAAGUCCCGACCAGCAUGUAGACUUCAAAGCGAUAGCCGUAGCCGGUGAUUUCGGGGAGAGAUGUGUCCAGUGCCUUUGCACUCAGUUUAUAUUGUACACAGUGAAAAGUGGGAUGUCCAGUAAGAGGACGAACGAGGGAAUUCUUUCUUGGGCCAUUUUGGGCACUCAUUGGUGCGGCAGUCUUGACUGUGUCUGUAACAUAAGAUGAGAUUCUAUAUCUGUGUCUUGGCCCACUGUUUAUAUUCAUGAGAGUCUCAUAUGAAUCUUCACAAACGCCUAAGCCUGAUAAAAAUUCAUUGAGAAUUUUUCAAAUCAAAUCAGAUGGCUGUGGGCAUUUCCCCACAGGGAAUUAUGACACAUAAUGUAGAACAGGAUUUUUUUUUUUUUUUUGCCUUUUCAAAUGGAAGUUCAAGUCUGACAUUGCUUGUUUAUUUUGAUUUUGUUUUUCCCCAGAUUUGCUUCAAGUCAAUACAUAAUGUCGUAUAUAUGUCUGAAGACAGUUUAUAGAUGUUGAAUUGAUAAGUUGAUACCAUACAAGAACACAUGCCUUAUCAGCGCUAUCACACAUAUCCAUGUGCAUCGUACAAAUGUAUCUCUGCGUUAGACAUUAAUAAUACUAAUGCUCUGGAAUCUGAUUAAAAUCUAGUAUUUAUUUUAAUUAUGAUGGGUGUACAUACCAAUGUAUAUUUUAGAGGAAACAUUAUUCAGUGAUUAUGAUUUCUCAGAUUGUAGCCUCACAAUAAGCAGAGGAUUAAAAGACCAGAAAACAAAAACAUGGAACUGCACAAGCAGAUCCAGGCAGCUUUAAGUCAAUGGUUUGAGAUUCUUGGUCCAGGGAUCACAAUUGAUUUUAAUACCACACCAGGAGAGUUUGUGAUGGCACUUGAAUUAUGUCCUUUGUUGUGCUUAGAAUCCUCAUAAAUACAACACAGACAUGUAUAUUAAAAGAUACAAAAAAUGA